CAUCAUUUGAAAGUUACAAACGUGUGAAAGUGUCUGCCAAAAAAGUGAUCUGUCAUGUGUGAUUCUUUUUUUGGGCCGUGGUCUUGAUCGUUCAAGUGUGGACAGUGUGCACAAGCUUCCUGCGUUUCUCUGUCCUCUAUUUGGCCACGGUUGUUGAUCGACCACAUUCUGGACAAUCCAAGUCUUGUGUAUAGGCAGCUUUAGGUGAAAUCUACACCGAGGAUGCUCGACAAGCCUUUUGUUGGAUGCUUUGAGGAAUACGUACCAAAAGUGUGUGACAAGUGUGAUCCCCAUUAACACACCCCAAGUGUUCACCUUAUAUCAAAGCAGUCAUCUCUAACCAGUGGUUUUUACAGGAGAGCCAAAAUAUGGGUGAAUUUAAAGUCCACCGUGUACGGUUCUUUGACUAUGUCCCAUCUGGUGUACGUUGUAUGGCAUACUCUGAACAGACAGAGAGGCUUGCUGUGGCUCGGAAUGAUGGAUCUGUAGAAGUUUACAACUUCCCUGCCAACUACUACCAGGAAAAGAUUAUUCCUGGGGAUGACAAAAGGUCCACUGAAUCUAUUUGCUGGGCUGCUGAUGACCGACUCUUCUCUGCUGGUUUGAAUGGAGAGAUUAUUGAGUAUGACCUGGAGAAGCUUUGUGUUAAAUAUUCCUUAGAUGCAUUUGGAGGACCCAUUUGGAACAUUGUGUCCAAUCCCAGUGGUACCCAACUUGCCGUCUGCUGUGAAGAUGGCUCUGUCAAGUUGUUCAGCAUCACUCCUGAAAAGAUUGUCUUUGAGAAGUCCUUGGAUCGUCAGAAAGAUCGUAUCCUGUGUCUGGCUUGGCAUCCAUCAGAACCUCAGAUUAUCACGGGUUCAGUCAAUGUCAUCAGAGUAUUCAGUGUUUCAUCAGGUCAUCUUCUUCAUGUACUGAAGCUGGACCGCAGACCAGUGAGUGGACAGAAGCAUGAGUGUAUUGUGUGGAGUGUGGCUGUCCUGUCCUGUGGAGAAAUCAUCAGCGUGGAUUCUUCAGGAAAACUCCAGUUCUGGGAAUUAAACAAAGGAACGCUAAUCCGCACUUACAAAGUAGCCAGUUGUGACCUUCUGUGCCUCGCAGUGUCAGAGACUGAGGAUAGCCUGUUGGUGGGCACAGCUGAGGGGGUCAUCUUCCAGUUUCAGCGUUUGGCUGUCCAAGCAGAAAAUCCAGAGCAACAGUGGGUUUACACAAAGCCAUUUAGAUUUCACACUCAUGAUGUUAGAGCUGUAGUACACAGCAGCACUGCUCUCAUCUCUGGCGGUGUUGAUGGUCGGAUUGCUUCUCGGCCUUUAAUGGAAAAGGUGCAAACAAAAUCCUAUGAAGCUGCUCAGAGAAAUAUUACGUUUCCACAUCGCCAUCUUGUUUCCUGCGCCCAAGCCUCCAGACUACUUCUGUUUCAGUUCCCUGAACGCUUAGAGUUGUGGAGACUGGGACAGACAGAUGAAUCAGGGAUCGAUGGGGACCUUCUGAAAGUGAACAAGGAACAAGAACUGCUUUUGCAGCUUAAGAGAAAGGGAUCUGAGUGUAUUCGAUGCAGCACCAUCUCCCGAUGUGGUUCAUGGGUUUCCUAUACCACAGGUUCCCGUCUGUUUCUUCAUAGGCUGCGUUAUGAUAAAGAUAAUAUAAGUAUCAGCCGGGUUCCAAAAGUGCCUCAGCUACAGACUGCAGCUCUGCAGCUUCUUUUCUCGCCUGACUCUAAACAGCUCUAUGUAGGAUCGGUGGGAGGAUGUGUUCAUAUCUUUGAUCUGUCUGAGGGUGCCUGCAAGCACAGUCAUAAGUUAGAGCCUCCAUCGGGUUCUUCCCAUCCUGUACAUCUUCUGGCUGCAAAUUCAGAUGGGUCCCUACUAGCAGUGGCUUCUUCCAAUUCUCAGAUUGACAUAUAUAACCUCAACAAACUAAAGUAUGAAUGUUCAGUACCUCAAUACAGUUCUCCUCCUACAGCCAUCAGUAUCCAUCCCUCCACUAAUCACCUGGUCAUUGCUCACGCUGAUCAGCAGGUUCUAGAAUUCAACAUUGCUAAGAAACAAUACACAGAAUGGAGUCGAAAAGUCUUGCAGCGCGGUCUCCAUCGUGAUUGGCUUGAACGUGAUACACCCAUCACUGGCAUCACAUUUAACCCCUUGAGGCCUGACCACAUUCUCAUGCAUGAUACCUAUAUGUUCUGUGUCCUAGAUAAGUCUCUGCCUCUACCAGAUGAUAAAACACCUCUGCUCAACCAGAAGUCACUGAGGCAGCUUUCAGAAAGUGCAAGGAGAAGUCACACACAUGCCUUCAAAAUAACCAAAAAGUUUCAGCCCUUGCUUUUCAUGGACUUGUUGGAUGAUGGGGAGUUGGUCCUGGUGGAAAGGCCGAUCACUGACAUCCUGACUCAGCUGCCUCCACCAAUGAAACAAAAGAAGUUUGCAACAUAAAGCUCCUCCCGGAUUCCCUCUACAGAUUUAUAUUUAAUAACCAUAAUGCUUUUUUUGUAAUGGCGAGUCAGGGGUGCUUUGUAUCAUCAGCAUCCAGCCUGAGAUUAGAUUGGAGUUAAAUGGACUUCGAUGCGGCACUGCUCCAAAUUCAAGGAAUGGACCCAGUAUGACCACCUUUACAUGAGCUUGAAUUUUUUUAUGGACUGAAAAUAUGAGCGAUUUGUCCUAUUUUCAUCUUCAAAUAUCUGUUAUUAAAAUGUGGCCUUUC